AUGUUGCAGGAGUUGGACAAAAAUCAUAUCGGUGAGCAGCAAGUAAGCGCUGAAUCCGAAAAAGGUGCUACCGGUGCUGUACGAGUUGAACCGACAGUUGUACACGUUAACACUGCUAGAAUUUGUCCGAAAUUCACGGAUCAAGGACUGUAUUUUGUAAAGUUUCCAAAUUUCUUGAGCAUUGAACCACGGCCUUUUGAUAAGGAGCAUUAUGAAGAUGAAUGGCGAUAUGUGUUGGAUGAAGAUGGAAAACUCCAGAAGAAAGGGAAUUCGAAAAUUGUUCGUUGGUCAGACGGAACGAUGUCUCUUUGUCUUGGUAGUGAAGUAUUUGAUAUCACAGUGCAGCCGAUGCAGCAAGAUAAUCAUCUGUUUUUGCGACAAGGUGCAGGAUUACAAGGCCAUGCAGUUUUCAGAGAGAAAUUAGUGUUUCGACCGCAUUCAACGGAUUCCAUUACUCAUCGUAAAGUUACGUUAUCGAUGGCCGAUCGAUCGAACAAGUCGCAAAAAGUCAAAGUUUUAACAGCGGUUGGCUCGAAUCCUGAGUCUAAAAAAGCUGAAAUCGUUCGCAAGGAAGAAGAGCGUGUGCGCGCCCAGAAUCGCCGAGAGGCGCAGCAACGUCGCAGUCGUUUGCGGCCAUCACUGGGUAGAGCAGCACUUUCGAAUAAUUUCCUGGAAGAUCGGGAGGAAGAAUCAGAUGCGGAGUCAAUAGCGGCUAUCAAGAAUCGUUAUAAAUAUGGCUUGGAUGAGAAGCCAUUAAUCGGGAAUUCCGAUUCGGAAGAAUCUGACGGCAAGCGACCAAUUUAUCCGCAAACCAAUAGUGCGAAUAGCGAUAGUGAUCAGGAAAAGAGAAAGCAGAAGAAACGAAAAGUAAUCAUUGAAGACGAUGAUGAUGAUGAUGGUAAUUAG